CCACGGUUGGCGCCCGUCACAGGUGAGGCCACCUGUGACGGCCACAUAGUUGGCGCCCGUCACAGGUUCAUGUUCCGUUGUGCGAGUCCUGAUCCGGUUCAUGUUCCGUGCACUGGAAGCGUGGUCCCGCACACAGUACCAGAAGGACGGCUUGUGAGGCGACGUUAACGGCGUUAACGGAUGUGAGAAGUUGCCGUUGCGCCUCGGCUUUUCCGUCAGAGUCAGGGCAUCCAAUGCUCUCGAUCCCUCUUUCUUCCUCCUCUCGCUGUUGCUUCCGCGGUCGUCGAUGCGACGCAGGCCUGGCGGAGAAUCCCUCUUUCUUCCCCUCCGCUGCAGGCUCCCGUCCUCCCCUUUCGACUGUGGCUUGCAGGCCCGUGCCCCCCCCCCCAAUCGAUUCUCGUCCGCGCGUCGUCUUGCGGCAGCGGUCGGUUCAAGGUGCUCAAAAUCGGGGGGAAGUGGAAGAGCUCCACGCCUGUCGAGCUGUCUGCGUCGUCCUCGAGGGGAGUAAAAGCUGGCCGGCGUGCUCGCUGUGAAGCAGCAAGCAGUCUGGCUGCCUGUGUGCUCGUCCUCUCUGCCUCUCGGGUCAGACAGUGCUGGCCUGAAGAGUCUCAUCAAGGCAUCCAAGCUGGCGGAGUUGAGGAGUCUCUAUUUCAGGCCGAGCGUGUGCGUGGUCCGAUGGAGACGACAGCGAAGAAGCGGAAGCGAGAGCGGGAUCUAUUGUCGAUCCAAGAGGAGGGGACGAUUGUUCAAUCCCCUCAAACAGGGGAGAUCUCUGUCCGCGGCGCCGAUCUGGAGUCCGGCGAGGACUCCUCCGACUCUGUCACCUCCGACGCUGGCAGCGCCAAGGCUGCUCCCGACGACGUGCUUCAUAUCGCGCAUGCCCUCUGCAAAGUUUGCGCCAAGUCUCCUAGAGCCGUCAUCGACUUUGUUCGAAGAGUGAGCCCUGCCACCGUCGGCCGUUCGAUUGAUUGGGACGUCGUCCGCGAGGAAGAGUCAUCUAAGGUAUUUGUUUGUAUUAAUUUGUUCAUUUCCGAUUCAAUUUUAUUUGACUUGCACGGAGUAGAUGGGCGAUGGCCGUAGCCGGUGGACCGAUAUGGAGGUUCGUGUGUUUCUUGAGAGCUGCUUGGAGGAGAUGGCAGCGUUCACCAUCACCUCCAACUCCCCCAAGCCGCAGGCAUGGCAGAACCUAAUACACAAGAUGUACACCAAGUGCAAGAAGAAGGUGAACAAGGCUCAAUUGGAGUACAUUUGGGGGCAGUGUAAGAAGCGGUACAACAGGUGGGUGUGGCUAGAAUCGCAUGCAAGCGGGCUGGGUCGUGAUCCCCAUACAUCAGCCAUUGUUGCCGAUGAUGAGUGGUGGGAAAGCAAGAAUGCGCAAAAUAAAGGUGUCUUAAGCUUCAGGAAUGAUCCUCUGAAGCACAUUGACCUUCACCACGCGGUAUUCAGUGGGCACACAGUUGUCGGAAACCACUCCGCCGUCGCAGGGGCAGCCCCACAGGCACCGCAAGGAGCAGUUCAGUGGCAGACCAUCGACAUGGCGCAGCUCGCUGCUGCUUAUAGACCACCACCUCCAACUCCACCCCCAACGGCAGCAGACCGGGGCAAGGGAAAGAGGCCAGCAGCAAACACUACUGCCUCAGGGAGUUCUUCCAAGAAGUCACGAAGCGACUCCGCUGGACUGGCUUUGGAGAGGAUUGCGGACAUCCGAGAGCAGAGCUACCAGAGUCGUGUUGCUCAGAUGGAAGCAGAGAAGUCUAUGGGCCUUGAUGCGUGCAUGGAGUUGGUGGAAAAUGAUGGCCAUGAAAUUGGAGGAAGUGUGUGGUAUGCUGCUUGUGCGCUAUUCCGUGACCCAUUCACCUGCAAAUGCUUUGUUCGACUCAAGGACGCCGCUAGGCGCUUGGAAUUUAUACGCACUGGUGGUACUGGACAGUCAUCUGGUGGCACCUGGUAGUUUGUGCACUGUACUUUACUUUGAGUUGUGAUGGGCGAUGUUUUUCAAAUAAACCAUUAUUUAUGUUUAGAACUCAGUGUGCUAACAAUUUUUACAUUCUGUGAGUCCGUAAACAUUUGCGGCUUUAUAUCCAAUUCGAGCAACUACGUAUUCCAUUGCAUUGCUUUUAUAUCCAAAUAAUUCUUCGAUUGCAUAGAUCACUGCCAUUAUUAAUUUCUAUCCUUUUGAUUAUGACAAACAUUGCCUAUUCUUCGGUUCUCAUAUGUUAAAGGAAAUCGGCGAUGAGUUACGGCGCGGGUGGAUCGAGUUGGAAUGGAGGCGGUCACACAAGCAGCGAAGAAGAAGAUGCCAUCAUUGAGUACAUGGCUGCUACCCUUGAUUUCAAUGAGAGGGCACCAAGGAGAAUACCGGUGCAAACCGGUAUCAGUUGGAUGAUGGACACGAUGGCAAAUCGAAGCCAAUGCAGGGCAAUGUUCAGGCUUACUGCA